AUGGCAACCACUUCAAGUUAUACUUUGCAUGCUGGUACUCCUCCUGUAGGAGCACUAACAACAAUCUGGAGUCCUCCUGCUUCGUGCCUACCUCUGGUUAACCAUUGGUUGGAGGGCCGUUGCCUCCCUUCCAGUGGUGGCACUUAUUCGCAAUACAACAAAAUCUACUACUCUCCCGCAAUCUGUCCCAGCGGAUAUACAGUCGCAUGUACUCGUCCGACUACAUCAUUUGGCAUUGGAGGUUCUUCGGAUUUUUACGGUCCGCCUCUGGAACCCUCUGAAACUGCACAGCUUUGCUGUCCAAGUUCUUUGAUUUGUGACCGAGCCGUUGACUUCUACUGUACCCGAUUUGCGGCCAACGGAGACACAGAUCCCACAAACCUUGCACAAGCAAUACAAAUUCGAUGGCAAGCAACGGACUUACCGGCCUUCGAGACACCACCAAUCACUCUUUCACCAACCACAGUGACAUCCACGAGUACAAACCUAGUAGAAAGUGGGACAGGUGCUGCAACAUCAGCAAAAGGCCAGUAUGCCAGUGGAAGCUCUGGUCUUUCUAAAUGUGCUGCCGUUGGUAUCGGUGUCUCUGUAGGCAUUGUAAUUCUUUCCUUCAUUACAGCUGUACUCUUCUUUCUAAAAAGACGACAAAGUCGAAUUCGCAGCUCAGCGCACCAGCCUGCCCUUGGAUACGAUGAGCAAGACGCAAAUAACGGCAAUGCCCCGGAAGCCAUAGCUAACACCCCUGAACAUUCAACACAUGAUAAGCUGGAAUCAGAUGGGUCGACCUCCAAACACCGGAAUAAGUUACCUGCCGAGGUGCAUGUUCCGAAUAGCAUCGAUCACCCUAUCGUCGAACUUCCCGUUGAACCUUGGGAGUCGAAAUCGAACAUACCUAUAGCUCGUGUUGAAAUGGACCUAGCUAGCAAAAUCCCUGAGCUUCAAGGAGCUUCGCUUCAGCCGUUGGAGAAGGGUGAAGUGGCAAAUAAUCAGCACAUAUCAAGAGCUACAGUUCAGGUUUGA